AUACGGCGCAAGCGAGCGAGCACAACUAGAGGCGCAAAGCAAACGACAGAACGACACUCCUUCGGCUAUCACUCGCUCUGGAGCUGGAGUUGGAGCCGGAGCCUGAGCUGUCUCACCGACCCUUGAACGGAAUUCUUCUCCAGCUUUUUCCGCAGCCCCUGCACCCCCUUUCGACCCCGCCAGUUUCGAACAAAGAUAUAGGCCAAGAUGUCCUCAGGGUCAGGGUUCGGGGGCUUCUCCUCGGGAGUUACCGAUGACGACGAUGAUAACAACCACCCUUGGGUCUGGGUUAUGAUCCCCGUCGGCCUCGUUAUCGUCCUGGGCGGUCUAGCCCUCUGUCUUCACGUCCGCCGACGCAAACAAUUCCGCGAUAACCACAAGAGUUCUCGUCUCUCUACCCCGGCACGACGACCUUCCGCCCACCAAGCAUCGACAAGCCACAGCCGUGACGGGCAGCUUCAGUUCGUAGUCCGUGAGGUCGAUGCCCCUUCGUUGGCGUUGAUCGAGCGUGAUCUUCAGGAGUCUUGGGUGCGCGGGGCGCCGACACAGCGACAUAACAAUACUGGCUCAAGAUCCGGAAGGUCGACGGCGAUGAGGAGAUGGGACUGGGCAGGUAUCUUCAGACCUGAGGAAGGACUGAAUGAACUGGGCGAGGCGCCGCCGCCGUAUGAGAAGCAGCCGGUCACGAAAGAAGGUGGUGUGCCAAAUCAGGAUGCCGAUCUUGAAACGGGAGGGAAUAGUUACCAUGGCUAUGGAAACGGAACGCCGGCUGGUCCGGCAGGGUCCGCCGUCGGCGAGGGAACCAGCAGUGCUGCGCAUGCCGGUGUAGAAAUGCAAAACAUGGCUCCUUGGAAUUACCAUGCGGGCACCUUCUCACCACAAUCUCUAUCGUCGGCGCCGUUCAGGUCACAGGCAAGUUUACAGCCACCCCCACCGGUACAUUACUACCAUCAGGGCGGAUCUGGAAUUCACAGCCAGAGCCACUUGAGUCACCUGAGCCAGCCAGGAUAUAGUAGUGUUGGCACCAGCCUGUUGAGCACCAGCUUGACCCAGAGCGCCGCGACCACUGCGCCGACGUCUCCAAGCAUGACUAGAUAUCCCUCCCCCAGUCCGGGACACAGUGCCACCCACAGCCCGGCGCCCGAAAUGACAGAUCAAGAUCAGGUACCACCACCUGCAUACGAAGAGACGCCUCCCCUGUCGAUAAUGGGAACGGGGACCAACACUCCAUCACCAGAAGAGCAGCUUGACGAACCUGCUGCUACGGAUGUUGCUGCUGGUCCUUCUCAUCUCCCCUCUCCCGCCGCCGCUCCCGUGCCAACCUCAGGGACAGCUUCUCCCUCCCCUCCAUCUGGCCCAUCAUAUGGGCCCUCUAACAAUGGCAAUAAUCACGCCACCGUUACACAUCGGUCCCCAUCACCGUCUGCUGUGCCACCACCUUAUUAAACCCUUUGAAUUGGCUCCCUUCUUUAUCGUCCCAUCCCUUGAAUUGACGGGUUUCAUCAGCCCGGAACGGGCGUUGUGAG